CUGAGGUGACUGGGAUGAGAUUGGCACUGAGGUGACUGAGGACAGAGAGGAGAGGGGCCCUGUGGUGCCUGGCGGAGCAGGACAGUGGGUGAUGAGUGCAGGAGGGCUGGGGCUGGAGGAGCAAAGCAGGGCAGCUGUGUGCAGGGAGAGGGGCCAGGGAGAGCACGACCCAUCUCUGCCACAUUAAGACAGCAGCACCAGCCCUCUGUCCUGCAGGUGGACCAUGGGGAAGGUUGUUUUUUCCUAUAUUCAGUAUUGAAAAGUUCCCAUUGGCUCGUGGAUGACUGGCAAAAAGCUGGAAGCAGACUCCUUGAAUUAGCUGCAUUUCUGUUCCCUCGCCCUUCCGCACAGCAACAUUUGCAUGUAAACAGGUUCUUUGUUUCCAAAGAGUUCGUUUGUUUCUGCUGCUGAUUUCUCCCUACCUGAACUAAUAAUUCUCCAUGACAUCAAAAUCGUUUCCAUGGCGACCAAUUGUGAAGUCACAAAUAACAAACAGAGGAUUAUGGAUUGGAGUGCAGUACAGGCAGCUGAUGCAGACAGUUUUAAUGCAAAGUCUUUAGAAAUAAAAGCAAAUUGUUGUGUAGCAUUGCCCCAUGCAGUUGCACAGCUUCCAUUUCUCACCUCAGAAAGGGCUGCACUUCUUCUGUGGAUGGAGUAACGAUUGGAGUGCUUGAAGUUAGGCCUGGGGGAUGUGACGGAUAAGGGUAGGAACAGCAUAAAUUGUCACACCACACCAAGUUAUCUGUUUAACAACAAAUGUUUCUUGAUGCAGUGUUUGUCACAAGUUUUAAAGAACCAGCUAAAGAGCAGUCUACAGAAUGCUUGGCUCGGACCGAGCUGCUGCAUAGCAGGAAGCCUUUCCUCUGCUGAGCACGGGGGUAAAGAGCGUACUGAGGAGCCAUCUACUGGCUGUGAUAACUGAGAACAGCUCACAGCGCCCGCCUUGAGCAGGUAAAUUUGCAGUCCUGUCACUGCUCAGAUAUCCAUUUGCACGCGACUGGCAUUGCAGGGCUUUGGCAUACUACACUGGAGAAAACCAUGUACCACAUCAGUGUCUGUCUGUGGUUGGAAGAUGUAGCUGGUAUUCUUAUGUUGUUGGUGACAGACGCAAAAUCUCUGGAUGCAGAGAACUGCAAAAGCUGCAGCAACCUUGUUACUCCUGUUUCUGCCUGUAAAUAAAUGUAUCCUCCACACUUAUGCUAAUAGGUGUUAGCAAGCAUAUCCUUUGUGCUUUCCUGGAAACAAUUCAGGCUGGAAAUUCAGCAGAACUCAUCAGGAGUUGUUUCCUUGAAAUCCCUUCCCAGAAGAGAAAAAAUGACCAGGAGAGACUUGAAAGAGUUUGCUCUAUGAAGAAGGAUACUUGUAGCCUUAGGCAUACAUUUUUAAGUCUGGACAUGAAGUCCUUGCCUCUGCCACAGCAGCAGAUGUCCUGAGUGCAUGCAGACUGAAACGUGCCCAUGACUGUGAGCUUUAUUCCAUCAUCUUGGGGAGGAAAAAGACUGCUUGGUAGUGCACUUCACAUUUUCCCUCUGCUGGGUGGCGAUGGUCCUCUGGAUACAGAUUGCUGUAAAAACAAAUCAGUGCAUACAAACCUUUCCAGGUAGUUAAAGCAACUCCCUUGGAAAUGAAUAUUGACUAGCAGCAAGAAUCCCAGCUCCUGCUGAGCCAUCUUGUUCCAGACAUUCUGCAAAGAAGAGCCAAAUUCUCUUAUUUUCUGUCAUUGCAUGCAGGCUGUUUUGUGUCUGUCCCUAAGAAAGAGAUGGUGAAGGUAACAUUGACAUUGCUACUUACAAGAAGCUUUUAAUCGUUGUCACCUCGCGUUGGUAAUAGGUGACAAGUUCAAAUUCUAAAAGGUUUAUUUUUGCAACAAAAGGGUCAUGGUGAUAAUGGUGAUGAUACUGGUCCUGGCUUUGUGCUCAAGGUUAGGUACAGCUUUGCUCCUAAAUAACAAAUUAAUCAUUAAAGUACAGCUUUAAAAAGAAGCAGGGAUACGUCCUGCCUCUUACUGCAGGUAAGUGGAGCAGGAGUGUGUGUCAGCCUGCCUGCUGCAGAGCCGUCAUGCCUUGCUCACCCAGUUCUGCAUCCCAAGCACUUCUCUCAAGGUUAAAAUGACCAAGGAAUCCAGCACAGACCUGAGCUCACAAGAGCUUUUGAGAGGAGAGGGGAGCACUCUGUUCCCCACUUCUAUCAUUUUAGUUCCAGCAGUAAGCCCUGCGUAAUGAAAACUGAUACAUGCUCAGUCUUUGAACAGUUUUUGAAAGCAGGUGCUGCCAAGGAAAACAGUGCAUUUACAAAGCCUUACAGAAAACUUCUGAGUUUUGUUUUCCUCCUUUUUCUCUCAGAGAAACACAGCAAAAUCACUGCAUGCUCUUCUCAAUGGCUGAGAAAAGUCUCCAUUAGAUGUGUUAACAGGAACAAGGAGAAGCAUCACAUUGACGUGGAAUAAAGGGUUUUAUGAUGAUCUUUUCUGUAACGUUUUCUGAAAAGUAUGUCACAGCCUAAGCCAAGGAAGUGUGUGGAAUUUGUACCCAUGGAGACUCCAAUAACACAGUCAGCUCCAAACCCACAGGAUUAUUGGUGUUGUUACCUAACGUAUCAGGAACAGGGUUACUGGAAAAGAGGGAGAAAGAGAGAGAAAGUGAGUGAGAACGUAAAUCAGAGAGGCCAAGCGUCGCAGGAACAUGGAAGGCUUGUGGAUUUGCAUCUGAUCUGUCCACAAAGUUGAGGUUAUUUUUUAGUAUGUGGAAAAAUUCACAGGACAGUGUUGUGUGCCUGAGCCUCAAAGACACGCUGGGUGCAACAUCCAGAAGUUAAAAGAAAAAUAAUUCACUUUUCUUUAAACAGAGUGUAGUCCUUACAGCAAGGUUAUUUAAAAAAUCAACUUUUACACGAAGGUGUCAUCUAUUCAUCAGCAGUAAAAUAGACUAUGAAAAGUUUGUGAGAGAUCAUCUGAUACACACAAAAAAAUCAACAAAAACCAGGACUUAUUUACAUAUAUUGUACCCGACAGGUUUUACUCUUGCCUUCUCUUAAAGCCCUGCAUCUUAAAUGAUGAUGUCCCAACCUCUCCUUAGCCAGGGUAGGCCAGCUUUUUCCUGUAAGCUGGGCAAUUCCCCCCUCCCCAUUUCCAGUCUAAACCUCACUUGUUGCAGUAAGUUCCUCCCUGUUGUUCUGUUCACACGUGGGAGAUGGGAACCAGAUUUACAUCUUUUUCUUUACAGCACCUGAUGCUAACCUGAGGAUUGCUCUCUCUUCUCCCCAGUUCUCUUUUCUGCAUUAAGCAACACUCUUUUUUGCUAAGAAAAAUCCAGGUCUGUCCUACAGAAAUGCUAUGUAAGUAGUUGUUUUUCUUCCUUCACUAACACGGUCACUUAUUCCUGCUUAAGCAGGGUACUUUGCAUUUGGUCAUAUUGAAUUGCACCGUGUUUAUUUUGGAUCACUGCUCAAAUUUAUUAAGAGCUUAAUGAAAUCCUCAAGAAGUGCCUGCAGUCCUUCACAGCUCAGUUCUGCCUGCAAUGUGUUGUUGCAGAUCUGUUAUUGCUUCAGCUUUUAGGGCAGGUUUCUCUUGUUUUGUGCCUUGCGUGGCAUCUGCACCUCUGCAAAACGCAUCUAAAACAUUUUGAUAUGUUCUUAGGCUUUCAGAAGUGUCAGUUAUUGUAUGAAAUCCAAAGCAGAGGUUCUCUGUCUUACCCUGCCAGCAGUGUCCUAAAAUGUUUAAUAAUGCCCAACAUACAACCUUUGAUAAAGCACCUUGAACCCUGGAAGUUAGCCAGCUCCCUCCUGAGAGGCUGGAUAAUAAUCAUAGGAUUGCUGUUCUUAAUUAGGACCUGUCUGUCAUUUGUUGUGUCAAGCUGGUCCCUGGAAUUAAUUUUUCCUUCUUUCUUGCACCUGUUGCAUAAGCCAGACCUCAUCACUUUCAUUUCAACCUGGAUAGUACCAAGGUGGAUCUGGUGAAUUAGUCACGUUUUAAGAAAGUGGGUGAAGAAAGAGAAGAAACUAGGCCUGGUGGUGAGGUAUCAUGAUUGCUGCAGUUAUCUCCUACCCACAGGAGGGCAGCUGGAACACAGUUAAAUCCUGUUUCAUAAUUGCUGCACAAGGACUGCUGGAAUUAGUUUGACUGAAAGGAAAUUUUGACAAAAAAUAGUCUUUUCAUGAAAGCAAAUGCCCUGCAAAGUUAACAUCAUCCUUUGAAAUUUCAGGCUUAUCUGUGCACAAUACAGUUUUGGUAGCUGAUAAUGCAAUUGCAAUGAAAUUAUUGCCUUGUUUUACUGAUAAAGUGAAAACUUUCCCAGAUCAAGAAAAAAAAAUAAGCCUUUUGUCUUCUUCUUUUUCCUUAAACAAAAAGAAAAAAAAAAUUGUUUGCUCGUGUUCAGCCAGUUCUAAUGGGGAGAAUCCUUCUCAUUACACAGGUGCCAGCCCACGCAGCACUUUACUAUCUGAAAGCUUUCUGUGUCAAGUUCACCCAUCAGUGUCAGAUUUUACUGCUGAGUAAUCUCUGUGCACCUGAUGUAAAAUAUGAGGAGUCAGAACUGGUGGCUCCACCUGUCUGUUUUACCAAGGCAUAAAUAGCAUCAUCCAGUGCAAGCUAAGAAGAUUGUCUAAGCUAAUAGAUUUUUGUAAUAUAUACAUAAUAUCAGUGACAAAUUUAACUUAUCAGUGAUUUUCACUUGUGAUGCAGAUGGGAUAAGUUCUAUUUUUGUGGGCAGGUGGCUGCUCAGGAGUGAUCUCUUGAGAACAGAGUAAAUCUCCACGCAGCUACUCCUGGGGAAACCCCUUCAAGUGAUGGACAGCAAACUGGAACAGUGGCUUUUCCUGCACAGAGCUGCCACGUCUGGAGCACCGCUGCACGCUGAUUCUGCUGAAAUAAAGGACGAAGUGUUUAUCUGGAGUUUUAUCUGCUUGGUGUGGCCGUGGCUGGCUGGAAAUCCUGGACAUUGAGUAUUCCCAUGAAAAAAGCAGUUCCGCUGCCUUGGCUGAGAUGGGGCUGUGUGCCACACCCAGCAGGGAGCGGUGCCUCCUCGACCCACAGGAACUGGGAGAGGAUGCAUCCAAAGCUUGGAUGUGGACAAUGACUGUCAUAUUGAUAUAACUGAAUCAAUACAGCGUAUGUCAACACAGCUUCUGGAUGGAGGCAGCACUUAGCUUAAUAUUAGUAACAGACAACAUCUGGCUGAAGAUGUUACACCUUCAUCAGUUUCUUAUUUCCUUACAGGAGAAAGGUACAUGUGCUUUUUGCUUUGGCCAUCUGCGUGCAAAGCUUGGCUUUAGAGCCCAUGCUGGCAGCAAGGUGAGGCUGACCUAUGCCACAAACUGCAGCUAAGUUUAAAUGGUGAGGACGGAUAGGACACAGCUUUGUUCUGCUCUAGGCCUGGUAAACCUUGUGACACCAUUGCAACAAAGUCUCCUGACUUGGUAAUCAGGAAAGCAAGCCUGCUGUUUUUAUCCUGCAGCAGUGAGGAAGAUGUAAUGCUUUACAGAAGUUCCUGAGAUGCAGCUGUGUUUUUCUUUCUGAGCUGCUGGGAGCAACUUCACUCUUCCGUGUGUAACUUCUAGAUACCUACACCUGUUUGCUGUAGACUCUUUCACAUGACCAGAAGGAUGUUACAAGUCCUUGGUGGGAAAGAUAACACGUGCUGUUGAAGUUGAGAAAUGCCUGUGUGAGUUAAUUCACCAUCUGGAUGGAGAUGGACAAGCUACGCAGGAGCAGGGACGAUGCUGUGUGAGUCAGAUGCGCGUUCGACGCUUGCAGAACCGGUCCCCGUGGCUUAUCUCAAUGUGGAUGCUCAAGGGAGCAGCGAGGUGUCGCUGGACGAUAUCACCAUCGACUCUUCAGCUGGAGCCGUUGAGGUCCGCAACAUGGAGCCAGCUGAAGGUCCUAAGACAGGGAGAUCUCAGGUGAACAAGACUGGUUUAACAUCCUCCAGCGUGUGGACAACACAGCGAGAUGGAGAAGUGAAACUGAGGAUGGAUGAGGAGGGCAUGGGCAGCAAGGCACCAAAGACUGUUCAUGAACUGUUCCAAGAAGCUGUUAGCAAAUACGGUGAUUAUUAUGCUCUUGCAUCCAAGAAGAGUGGCCAGUGGGUAAAACUUACGUAUAAGAUGUACUAUGACAAGUGCUGGAAAGCAGCCAAAAGCUUUCUGAAGCUGGGACUGGAGCGUUUCCAUGGAGUCUGCAUUUUGGGAUUUAACUCUCCGGAGUGGUUUAUUGCUGACAUUGGAGCUAUCUUUGCAGGCGGGCUUGCUGUCGGUAUCUACACGACGAACUCUCCUGAAGCCUGUCGUUAUGUAGCAGAGAACUGUAGUGCCAACAUUCUGGUUGUGGAAAACCAUACACAGCUGCAGAAAAUCUUACAAGUUGAGCAGAAACUACCUCAUCUGAAAGCUGUUAUCCAGUACGGGGAAGAGCUAAAAGAGAAGAGACCAAAUCUGUAUUCUUGGAAAGAGUUCUUGGACCUUGGUGAAGAUGUUCCAGAUUCUCAGCUGCGUGAAAUCAUUGAGUCGCAGAAGCCUAACCAGUGCUGUACCUUAAUAUAUACCUCAGGGACAACUGGACAGCCAAAGGGAGUAAUGCUCAGUCAUGACAACUUGACGUGGACACCGUUAGCAGCUGGACGUUCCUUAAUGCUGACGGAAGCUUCCGAAAGGCAAGAGCUGGUGGUCAGCUAUCUGCCUCUCAGUCAUGUUGCUGCACAGAUUGUCGAUAUUUGGUUACCGAUAACAUUUGGAGCACAGGUUUUCUUUGCUCAGCCAGAUGCACUGAAGGGCACCCUGGUGGACACCCUGCGUGACGUGAGGCCAACUGCAUUCUUAGGAGUUCCUCGUGUCUGGGAGAAAAUAGAAGAAAAAAUGAAAUCUGUCGGUGCAAAAUCAUCGACGCUCCGAAGAAAAGUGGCGUCGUGGGCCAAGGAAGUCGGGUUGCAGACAAACCUGAAGUGGAUGAAUGGGUAUUCUGACGUCCCGAUGAACUUCCGCCUGGCCAGGCACUUGGUGUACAAGAAGGUUCGGAAGGCCAUCGGGCUGGAUCGGUGCACCAAGUGCUUCACGGGAGCUGCUCCCAUUAGCAGAGAGACUCUGGAAUUUUUUUUAAGUCUGAACAUUCCCGUGUACGAGCUGUAUGGCAUGAGUGAGAGCUCAGGGCCUCACACGGUCUCCAUACCUCAAGCGUUCAGGCUUACCAGCUGUGGGAAGGAAAUGGCAGGCUGUCAGACACUGAUUGACAAACCAGAUGCAGAUGGCAUUGGGGAGAUCUGCUUUGCAGGAAGGCACAUCUUUAUGGGCUACUUGAACAUGGAGGAGAAAACCAAAGAGGCAAUUGAUGAAGAUGGCUGGCUGCAUUCAGGUGACCUUGGCAAGCGUGAUAAAGAUGGAUUCAUUUACAUCACUGGCAGAAUUAAAGAGCUCAUCAUCACAGCAGGAGGUGAGAACGUUCCUCCUGUUCCAAUUGAGGAUGCUGUAAAAGAGGCCUGUCCCAUCAUUAGCAAUGCCAUGUUGGUUGGAGACAGAGCAAAAUUCCUCGCUAUUCUUCUGACGCUCAAGUGCACUGUAAAUACAGAAAGUGGGGAGCCAGAAGAUGACCUCACUCCAGAAGCCAUCGAAUAUUGUCAAAAACUGGGCAGCAUGGCUACAGCGGUCUCCGAAAUCAUAAGCAGCAAGGACAAGGCCAUCUAUGCAGCUAUCCAGGGAGCAGUUUCAGAAGUCAACAAGAGAGCUGUCUCAAAUGCUCAGAAAAUCCAGAAGUGGGUCAUCCUGGAGAAAGACUUUUCUGUCGGUGGUGGAGAGCUGGGCCCAACAAUGAAACUGAAGAGACCAGCGGUGGCACAGAAGUACAAGGCCCUGAUUGACGAGUUUUAUGCAGACGCGAACACACCGACGACAACGGAGAACGCUCUUCGGCAGUGACGUGGCGUGGUAGGGAACUCUUCCCCGAGCGUGUGAGCGUGCUGCCAGCCCGGGCUCCCCACCACAGCCAGUGGCUUCUGCAGAAAUAAAUGAGGCUUGGCAACCACGCGGCCUUCCUGCAGUGCUUAGCUGUAUACAUCCGUGGGCCCUCUUACUGCAGCGUGCAGAGUGUGCUCACACCCAGUGUUCUCCUGUGUAUGUUUUGGUGCAGAGAGAUUCAUGAAUAGCUCUGCUUUGUAUUUUCUUAUUUUUAUUUUUUUUUAAUAAGGGCAGUGCAUUUACCUUGUCGGUUCAUAGUGUGUCUUUACCAAAGUUUUCUUUCCCCGAGCUGAAUGUAAAGCAAAUCAGGCUCUGCACUCUUCCUGCUGCAUAAGGCAGAAUUCCUUUCAGAGCAGUCUUUGUUUUUGUAGAUGCACGUUUACCUGCAUGCUGCUGACAGCUGAAUUAUUUUAAAUCUUUUUACCCACAAACCAUCAUCUGUCAAGGCAGGCCGACGCUGUGUGACCGCACAGCCCUGCAAGUCUGUGUGGAACCUGGAGUUUACUGGGUUGGUUUGUGCAAUACUUUGAGUCUGUUUCAGCUUCUUGAGCUAUAAGGAAACCGUAAAUUAUAUUGUUUAAGUAGUGUACGUGGACUAGAUUGUUUUAACAGGCUGUGUACGUGUGUGUAACCGCUGUCUGUAGUCAUACAACCAUAGAAAUGUUGUGUAGGUGGCACUCCAGAGCUGUGGGGCUGAUGCAUACAGAAGUUUAGAGGGGACAGGACGGGGAACAGAAGCUCCUCAGCGGUUCUGAGGCUUGUUCCCAUCUGUCCCCUGCUCAGAGGGCCUUCGAUCCCCUCAGCAAAUGAAGGAUUGCUUGUAAAAUGGCUUAUUUCAAACUAGAAAUCUUUGAUCUGGCAAGGAAGAAGUUGUGUGCUGGUUCUGGCUCUUGUUUCCCUGGACAAAGCGGGAGCAGCCGGAGCUGGCAGGUGCUUGGAGCGGAAGCAGCGACACCACUCAGUAAUGCACAGAGCUCAAGCAAAGCGAGGGCUGCAAGUCCCUGGUUCUGUACCUGCAGUACUGGUUCGUAUCAAAUCCUGCAGGGGGGAAGAGAGCAUUCGCAGUGCUCAGAACUGGGCACCUCAGGGAGGGUUUCAUGCCUGAAACUGUAUUUAAUCUGGGCUCGCUGCCACAGCAAACAGCUCAGAAAUGCCCCCAGCGCCUGCAUGGAGUGUGGGCACUGCACCACGGGAGCAGCUGCUCUUCUUGUGCAACCGUGUUCUCAGCUGUGUGAACUGCAAGCGUCUCAGCUUUCAGAGAAAUGCCUAAUAAAUGAACUGUGGUUCGUGUCUUAA